UUUCCCACACACUCUUGGACCUGCUCUCCGACUUGGACGCAGACGACAUCUCGGACACUGUACAACAACCUUUCUUUCUUCUCAGCAGAUAAACAAAAACAGGACCGCCAAGAUGAAUAUCGGCAAGAGAUUCGACCGCAUGAAGCAAUGGACGGACGAGCGAAUGGGCAAGGAGAUCAAGACUGCCGCUUCGGACGAGUUCAAGGCUCUUGAGCUGGAGAUGCAGUUGAGACACGAAGGUAUGGAGCGUCUGCAAAGGAGUAUGACGACGUACGUCAAGUCUCUGUCCAAGACCAAGGAGGCCGAGGACAAGGAAAAGACGUUGCCCAUUUCCAACCUAGGAGCCACCAUGGCCAGCCACGGAGACGACUUCGAGCCGGACUCGGAGUUUGGACAGUGCCUCUCGACCCUUGGUAGAGCCAACGAAAGGAUCGCUCGCAUGCAGGAGAGCUACGUCUCCAAUGCCACAAACAGCUGGCUCGAGUCGACUGAAAGGUCCAUGGCCCAGAUGAAGGAAUACCAGACUGCUCGCAAGAGACUCGAGACGCGCCGCCUCGCAUACGAUACCUCGAUGAACAAGCUGCAGAAAGCAAAGAAGGACGAUUUCGCGCUGGAAGAGUCGGCACGCUCCCAAAAGGCAAAAUAUGACGAGUCGAGCGACGACGUACAACGCAGGAUGCUGGACAUCAAGGAAGCAGAGGUCGACAGCAUCAACGACUUGUCCACCUUCCUGGACGCUGAAUUGGCAUACUACGACAGAGCACGAGAGAUCCUCAUGCAAGCCAAGAGAGAUUGGCCAGCCACUUCUGCUGGCGCUGGCAGUGGUCUGGCCAUUCCAGGAGGCCGCAGAGCACCCAGAUCCCGCUCUAACACUGGGGCCUCUGCUUCUUUCCGUCAGAUUGACGAGGAUGGCCCGGUCACCGAUUUCCGUCCUCCAAUCCGCGCACGCGCACCUUCUGGUACCAAUUCUCCUCGCCGUGAGUUGGCCGGCUUCGACCUUCCUACAAGACCUUCUGCCCGUUUCGAGGGCCCCUCGAGCCUCAACUCCCGCGACGCUUCCCCUGUUGCUAUGCCUCGUCUGUCUCGUGUACCCACCGAUUCGUCCUUGUCCCUCAGACAGGGCUUGCGACCUUCCAAACGAAACGACAGUGCAAACUCGGACGUCUUUGGCGAUCAGGAUGACUACGCCAUGGACAACGACCGCUAUGCCGACGAAAGAUCUGUUUCUCCCGCCUCGUACAAUGCUGCUCCUAGUUUCUCGCGUUCUGCUAGUUGGUCCCAGCAGGACGGCGGAGCUAAGAAACUUGCUCCUCCACCACCACCUUCAAGGUAUGUUCCUGCAAGCGAACGCGCAAUCGAAGUCCCAUACUGACUUGUACAUUCAGAGCCAAGAAGCCUCCACCACCACCACCCAUGAAGCGUAGCGCUUUGAGUUCGUCCGACAUUCCGCGACAGUACUAGAUCAUAUGUUCAAUUUGGAGUGGAAGCAGGUGGAAGUGAUUUUCUUGCGAGCAUACAGGGGGAGGAAGGAGCAUUGUUUUUCGAGGCGUUUUGCACAUUGGUAGUUUGG